AUGAGCGACGAUGUGUUCAUGGAGAUCCUCGCCAGGCUCCCUUUGAAGCCCUUGUUCAGGUUCAAGUGCGUCUCCAGAGCCUGGCGCCGCCUCAUCUCCGACGACUACUUCCUGCGGCGGCUGCCGCUGCUCACCUCCGCCGUGUUCUACCACUGCAACGCCGACGCCAAGGAGGCGAGAUUCGCGUGCACCUCCGGCGGUGGCGAUCUCCAGGAGUGCGGCCUGGAGUUCUUCCCCUUCCACCGGGACUCCGACAUCGUCGACUGCUGCAGCGGCCUGCUGCUCUCCUACUCCAGACUCCGCGCCACGUUCUACGUCGUCAGCCCCAUCACCAAGCGGUGGGUGGCGCUGCCGCAGACACUUAAGAGCACCCAUCUCGCCGUGCUGGCCUUCGAUCCCUGCCACUCCUCGGAGUACAGGGUGAUCUCCUUCACCGGCUGGAUCGCGCAGGGUUCCGAGCUCGAGGUCUUCUCGUCGGCGACCGGGGACUGGGCACAGCACAGCCUGCACUGGGGGGUCGACUCCGACACCAUGACGGCCACGCUACGGUACUUCGCUGGAAUCCUCUACGUUGUUGCCUUCCCCAACUACAUUGUGGCGAUCGACCUCGACGGUAUGAGGUGCCGUCGGAUCGAGUUGCCGGAGCCCAUCAAGCCCGAAGGGAGCAUCGACAAGUCCGGCGGUUUUCUCCACUACACCUGCAGCGACGGCGGCCGGCUCAAGGUUUGGAUGCUCGAGGACGCCGACGGUGGUGAAUGGGUGCUGAAGCACAGCAUCGAGGUUGCGACGAUCUUGAGACAAGUUCCGGUGAAGACGCGUCAGCAGCUGCAACUGUUGGCGCUCCACCCGGAGAGGGAGGUGGUGUACCUGCGGGCGCCGGGGAGGCUCGUGUCGUAUGACCUGGAGAAGAAGGAAGCCGAGGUGGUUUGUGAGUUCAGGAAGGAGAAGGAGGGAGUUUACUUGGUGCAGAUUUGGCUGUUCCCUUUCUCGGGGCACAUGUCGCAUUGCUUGGCUCAUUGA